GUCUCCCCGACGCGAUCGACGGAAUGCGCGGAUAUACUUCCAACAAUCUAUAAGAGCGCAGCAAUGUGUCUCUCUAUACACUCAGAACAGCUUGUUCUUAGCCUUCACACUCUUUUGCGUACGCGCUCAUUACUACUCGGCACACACUAUGUCGCCCUUCACUGUCUUUAACAAACAGUCUAUCGCUCCCUUCAGUCGCGGCUUCUCUGGAUUCUGCGAACGUGUCAUUAACAUGGGCAAUGACGCAGUGACUGAGGAGGUACCGUGCUAUGGUGCUUCGCCUGCCCCGUUGUCGUGGGGUUUGGCCCGUGAGGACUUCACACCUAUCUUUGUCAUUGCGGACGGCACGGAGUUCGAUGACGAGGAAGAAGAAGGAGACGAGGAGACGCCGGUUGUGGACAACAGCCAGGCGAUCACUUGCUCCAAAGCGUUUCCUAUCCCAGCUCCCAAAGUCAACGCCGUCUCGAAAGAGUUUUCCUUUGGCGGGUUCGACGAUAUUUUCUCUGACUGCGCAGAUUUGCCAGCCGUCAAUUCCGAACGCGACGCCACACCGGUCGUCGACGUUAUCGACAAGCUGACAGCGCGGUUCCCUCUUUCGAACAUCCAACGGAGUUUGAAGACCGUUCUUGGAGGACUCACGAACCCGCCGAAACCCACUGUCCCUGCGCUCUCCGUGCCGACUCCGGUCAACCACGACCGCGGUGUCCCACAAGGCCAGGUCUUGUACGAAACUCCCUUGCCCCUCUUCAAGGCCCGUACUACCUACGCUACACCCUCGCGGCAGUCGUCGAGCCCAGCUCCAGCACCCGCGAUGGCUUCCUCCUUGGACGCCGACAAGGAGAACGUCUUCUACGAGACGCCCCGACAGACCUCCUCCCCGGUCCCAUCACCUGCCUCGCUCUCGCUCCCGGGUCCGCGCCCCCACACGGGCGACGGUUCCCACCUGCAGAUCGAGGCCCUGCACCCCCUCCUUCCCCGCCCCGCCCGGAGCACCUCCGCUUCCGGCCAGCGCUUCCGGAACGCCCGCAGCAUUCCCCUUCUUCAGCGCGUCCUGAAGAAGAACGCGCACGCCGCCCUCGCUAGCGGCGCGCCCUUCCUGCCUCGGCCGCAGCCCCCGCUGCCGACGCUGCAGAGCCAGCCGCACCUCUUGGUGGGACGGAGCACGAGUCCAUCUCCGCUCGCCCUGCCUCUCUCUACCCAGCCGCCCCGCUCACCGUCUCUUCGGUGGCCCACCGCGCGCCCGCUGUACGCGACAUCCGUCGCUCGCCCCUCGUGGAACACUCUCUUCCCGGGGCUCUCCGCAAGCCCUUCGCCGCAGCCUCCACGGCUCUUCAAGACCUCCCCCUCCCUCCCUCAAUCGUCAUCACCUCCGCGCCCCCAAGCGCGAGGCGCUCACAAGCCCACGCGGCUGUCUGCCAAGGAGAACGCGUUGUACCACGUACCCGCGCUCUAUGUGUCGCACUAAGUGCGUUCGCAUCGGAUUCCUCGCGUACGCGCUCGGAUUCCUGGUCUCUGGUCUCUGUCUUCGAAACGGAUCCUGGUAGAGUAAAUUUUCUCGGAGUCUCGCGCCCACAUCUGUAUUGGUAUCUCUGACCUCAUCGUCUCAUUCCUUCGCGCCCCUUGUAUCGGUCUCUCGCCUAUCCACAAC